CAAACGCAGCUGCAGGAAACUCCCCCCUCUGUGGGACAGAGUAACGCGUUGCCUUUGUUUGAUCCAGUGUCACAAUUAUUGUUCUCGGUGUGUUUUCCCGGCGCUCGGGAAUGACCAGCGCCUCAGAGCUUUCUGUUUUCCCGUCAUAAGAGCCGAGAGGACGUCGCUGAGCGCCGCCCGGACAGACCAGGAUGACUCCGACCAAAUGCCUGCUGUGUUUGCUCCUUCUCCCCGCUGUCUCCUCAGCCCAGGUGGCCCCUCCGACCAACGUCACCCUUACCUGCCGCAGCCUGCAGAACAUCUUGACCUGGGACUAUGCAGACCUCCGUCCUGGGCUCAGAUUCCUGGUGACAAUCCACUCCGAUUCAGAGCUCCAAGAGUGCCCAAAUGAAAUUUGGGUGGAGCAGCCUCCUCUGCAGGCGAAUGUUUCGUUCCUGUCGGAUCCCGAUUCUGUGUACCUCCUCAGAGUGAAGGCUGUGCAGGGAGGAAAUGAGUCCCUAGAGGAAGACGUCAUCUUCAGCUACUUCCAAGGUGCUCUGGACGGCCAAAAAUGUGUUUUGGACCUCCCGCCCGUCACCGUCACUCCCCUGGAGCACAACCAGAUCGCCUUUGAGUUCCAGCAUCCCUGGCUGGUGUACAAGGACGGGCUGAAUGGCUGUAAGAAACCCAGGAACAAGAAACGGCCAAGAGGAGAGCCCCAGCUGCCGCUUUUUGAUUAUUACACCAACAUUUCUGGCCAGGAGGUCCACUCGGAGUGUGAGGAUGCCGUGUGUCGGGGGAAGCGACAAGUGGCCGUUGAGAAAGACCAAUACUGUCUGGAGAUCCGGGGAACUCUCAGGAAGAUGUCUGUGGAGUCCAAGGAGUACUGCACCCAGAAAGCCCCACCGCUGCUCAAUGUCGCCGCGCUCGUUAUCGGGCUGAGCUUGGUCCUGGUGACGGCAGCAGCUUUGGUCAUCUUCAUGGUUUGCUGGAAAAAGACCACGCCCUCCAAAACUUUACUUCGUCAUUUGGACUUCACAUCAAGGCCGACUCAUCCGGGCUGUGUACUGCUUGACACGGACAGUCCUCAGGAGACGGUGAUUGUCACUCCGCUGGUAAACAAUGGAGACGUGUCUGAGAAAGACGAAAUCCCAUCACCUCCUGGAUCAACGGAGUACGACUUACGCAUCAAGCUGUGCCCCGAUGCCCAAGGUCUUUCUGAAGACCCGGAGGAUGAGAACACGGAUGGUGAGAGGAACCCAUACAUGGACGGUAAAAGCAUCGACGAUGAACCCAGCGGCGGGCCAGAGUCCGAUCAGGAGAGCCGCACCCCUUACGAGAGCCGCUCCGCUUACGAGAAACGUUCAGUGGUGCUGGAGCUGGCCCCCGAGGAUCACGCCGAGGGAUACCGUGGCUGAGAGAAAUGAAACGGAUCCUAAUUCAUCGUGUGAUGCAGAAAAGAUUACAGAUUUCAGCAAAACAAACAGUCCCUCGUCACGUUGACUUGCAUUUCAGCCCCUUGCCUUUCAAAGUCUUCUUCACUUGCUGAUUGUGAAAAGUCAUUAAAAAAACUACUAUAUGUGUAUAUAAAGCCACAAAGCCAGCUUGUUCACUACCUGCACUUAGCUGAGAGUCGCCAUGCAGUCACACCCUGCUGCAUGAAAGCUAGCAUUAACAUUUUUAAAUGCCCCCUGAGUUCAGUAGAAACCACAUCAGGUCUUUUUUAACGGAGCAUUUGGACUUUUUUUCCCCCCAAAACCUGUUUUACAGCUGUAGUUGCUCAAUAGAAAAACACAAAGUCACAGUAAACUGGAGUUCAAAAAACACAUUUAGCUUUAAUUUCAGUGGCUUUGUGUCACCAGCUAAAAACUAAGGAGUUUGAUGUGCCAUUUCAUCAGGAUGAAGAAAAUAAAAAAAAAGCCAUGCAUUAACUAUUGCUAGCCGACUGUGAACUGAGACGUAGAUACUGUGUAAAGGAAACGCCUCGUCACGCAUGUAAUUUCACCGCACUUCUGUUCAGGCGGGCGGCUGUGUUUCCCUUCAGUGUUUGUUGACUGUUGAGGUGAAGUUUGAUGAAAUGUUGUGGAGCGCAGUCACAGCAAACUCAGGCCCCGCCCAUCCAGUUUAACUUUGUAAACAUUGUGGCCUUUUAGAUGCAUUUUUUUUAAGUGCCUCCUUUGUGUAUUAUCCAAUUAACUCAGCACUUUAUUCUCUGGCGAAGCAACUCACUACCUGAGGUUAUUUCUAGCGACGGAGGUUUUACAACCUACCUGUAAUCUCUAAAUGUCUGUGAGUAAAUGUUUCGUUUUAUGAGCUACAGCUGUGUGCGUGAUUGCGAGAGUGUUGCUGAAUGUCUCGAUGGCCAUUACGAAGAAUCCACUGAGCUAAUGUGCACAUCAGCUGUGAUCAUCAAGGACAACUGGAGUCGCUUCAACAGGCCAAAGAUUUUAGCACUUCCAAAAUGAUAUCGUACAAAACGUUACAUCUGAGCAGUCCCUUCCGAUACGUACCCACUGAUACUCCGAUUUCUCCGUUCUCUGUAUUCAGCAGACACAGCUGAGGGAAGUGUCUCACUUCUGAAAGUCUUUUACAGGACGUAACGAUGCAUUCAGCUCCCGACAGGUUUUUGUCUUUUUCCCCAAAUGGACUAAUUAAUAGUUUUAUUAAUAUCAAACAGGUUCAAAGAGUCUCUGUUCAAAUUGAGCCCAGAUUCCUUUUCAAACAGUGAAAUAGCCCUUUUGUUUAUUCUGACUAAUACAGAAAAUACCGAAGCUAAGGCUAAAUUUACCGUUGGUGGCAGCUAAGGGUUCGUUAACACAUGGUGCCUUGUGAAAGGCUUCAUCCAGCUGUGUCGGCUCAUCUCUGAUUAAGAUUCCCACUUGUCUUGUGACCGACGCUGCAACAGGAUCAGGGUUUCCGUCUCACCUAACGCUAGCUUUUGUUUUGCCUCCAAUAGAGCUUUAGCAUACAUGCACGCUAACAAUGGCUAAGCUAGUAGAAGCAAGUCUAAAGGUCCGUUCAUUUUCACGCUGUUGAGCAGCUAGUUUAGGAUUCCCUGUGGCGGGUAUAGUUGCUUCUUAAUCCUUGCUUUCGGUGCCCUCGCCUAUUGAGAAUGAGCGACCGGACUGCUAAGAAGCGGCAGCUUCUCUGAAUCUAUAAACGCUUGCUGUGAGUCCCGCGUUGAAGAAGAAAACGCCCAAGAGCCCGUCCAUCCUGGAUGUAAACGUUAAGGUCAUGUCUGUGGUUAAGGUUACUCACCAACUAGGUUGUCUUCGCCUCUCGAGUUCCUGGAUUUGAUGUGAGUGGCUAGCUAGCAGAGACGGUCAAUCAAGCGCUGCCUUAAACCCACUAGCUGGAAUAGCUGUGCAAUUCCCGAUGGUGAACAAGUGUUGUAAAUAUUUUAAGUGUGCCGUGAGAAACAGGAUCUGUCCAUUAAAAUAGUUUGUCAUCUGGGCCGUGAUAAGGCGACUAGGGUCCAGAUCUGGACUGCGCUCCACUGGUCGAUGACCUCUGGGAGGGAGAUCCACGCGACAGACAAAUAUUUUGUGGUUUUAUGGUUGCGAGACCACUCUAUACUAUUUGUUACAAUUGAACAAUUGUUUGUUUUUUUAUUAUUUGUGCCUCAGAAGGUUACCCUAGUAAAAUAUUUUUAGAUGAGCUCCUUAUUGAUCUCGUAUUUUACUGUUUUGCGAGCGCCAUUUGUUCUGCUGUUUCUUUAUCCAACCCGAGUCUGACAGUCUGGAAGUUCCUGCUGGGGAAUAAAAGGACAGAUGAGACGGAUCCACGGCUUUAGGAUGCUGGGAGAACUUUUAUGUUCAGAGGCACUCGGUAAAAACACUCAAAACCCAGAAUGUACGGUAUGUGAAUAUCAGCGAGUUACUGUCCAUUAAACUUCCUUUACCGGGUUCAUUAAACCUCAGCAGAAUAAUCACAGAUCCAGGCCUGACAUAAUUAGGUUUAGUCCUGGUGUUUACAGCUGAAUGUUGCAGUCAAUUCAAUUUCAUUUAUAUAGCGGCAAUACAACAACACACGUCAUCUCAAGGCACUUUACAAAGUCAGGUUCAAUCAAAUCAUGCAGAUUGGUCAGAAAGUUUCCUCUCUAAGGAAACCCAGCAGAUUGCAUCAAAGUCCCGAAAAGCAGCAUUCACUCCUCCUGAAAGAGCGUAGAGCCACAGGGAGAGUCGUCUGCAUUGUCCAUGGCGUUGCAUGAAUAAGAAACGCUUGUUGCUAAAUCACAGAAAACAUUUCAAAUCAGUUUGACGGACUGUUAAACCAAGAGCGAGACCUCUGCGGAGCACUACUUCAGGGUUGCACAUGAGCUGAGCAGCAGGACCUUUGACUGUUCUCCACAUCUUUGUUGCACGAAAGGUUUCACAGUGUGCUCAGAAACUGAAGCCCAGACUGUAAGCAAGUUGGAAGGUGUAACAAAUCAAGUCUGUCAAUCAGUGUCUUUGUUAUUGAUGUUUUUUUCUUAAUUCUAAUUUCAAUGUUUCAAAUUUAAUGUUUUAAUAAUAAAAAAAAAAAAAAAACUUUGUUUGAUUCUGAUGCUCUGUGAUUCUGUCAUUGCUGUCAUGUGUGUAUCUUUCCACAUCUGAAGGGAAGUUGGCAUUUGAGUAACGCGGGCAUCCAGGUGACCGCGCUCAGGACGGGCGGUGCUGGUCAGCUGGCUGCAUCAGACUCACACGUAACAUCUGUUUUACUUCUGCUCCCAUUACGGGUCGUGACAUUUGAUCGCUCCCCGCUGUUCGUUCCUCUUAACCAUGUAACGAGGAAGACGUUUUUGCCAGUGCUGGGAUUUGUUUCCUUCCUGUUUGCUUUUGUGUGGGUGGUUGGCAUGUCCAUGUUUGUGCUUCCUGGACUCAUUAUCUGUUAUCUUUUUAAUAAUCUCCGGUUAGAGUUUCUUGUAAUCCGGUCCAGUAAUUACCAGCAUGCUUUGUCGUUGAUUCACCAUUACAGAGCAUUAAAAUAAAGUUUCAAAAUCUUG